AUGCAAAGGCCAAGGAGGCUCAGCGCCUUGCUGACAAGCUCAUCACCCUUGCGAAGCGAAACAACGAGGAAACUAGGCGGAAAGCCCAGGCUAUUCUUUACACUCCUCAUGACCUCCUACCUAAGCUCUUCGGCGAGCUUCGUAACCGCUACGCCGAGCGACCCGGAGGCUACACUCGCGUCCUCCGCACCGAGCCCCGAAACACCUACGACCAAGCACCUUCCGCCAUCCUCGAGCUUGUCGAUGGACCCCGUGAUGUGCGCUUUGCCAUGA